CAUCACCACAACAACUCCAAACAGGACUAUCUCACCUCAAACUACGAUACCAACAAGCACCACAAUACCCACCACAACUACAACACCUAUGAGCCCCACACCAACACCUCCAAUAACCCCUGCUACACCAGCAACUACAAAACCCCCUACAACUACCACUACAACGCCAACCACUACUACUACACCAGCAACAACCACUACUACUGGCGCACUUUCACGGACUACAUGACAGUUGUUUGGGAUCCAGGACUAAACGAUCAACAUAAGUGCUCAACAACAAAUGCUCUCACAUCUGCGGCUCCAACAACAGCAGCUCCCACAACUGCUGCCCCAACAACUGCUGCGCCCACAACUGCGGCCCCAACAACUGUUGCUCCCACAACUGCGCCUCUCACAACAGCCUCCCCAACAACUGCGACUCCCACAACAGCUGCCCCGACAACUGUUGCUCCCACAACUGCGGCCCCGACAACUGCGGCUCACACAACUGCGGCUCCGACAACUGCUGCCCCCACAACUACAGCUCCAACGACGGUGGCUCCAACGACGGUGGCUCCAACGACUGCGGCCCCCACGACUGCGGCCCCCACAACUGCGGCCCCAACAACUGCGGCCGCAACAACUGCGGCCGCAACAACUGCGGCCCUGACAACAGCCUCGCCAACAACUGCAGCUCCAACAACUAUGGCCCCAACAACUGCGGCUCUCACAACACCCUCCCCAACAACUGCGACUCCCUCAACAGUUGCCCCCACAACU